UUUUUUAACUACGCUUUUUGUUUGUGUUCACUUCUUCGUUUGUAUUUUGUACAGGAAAAAUUGCAAAAAAAUGUAUAUCUACGAUCUACCCUUUGGUGUUAAUAGAGAAUUGUGUAGGUUACUUGACAAUGAUGAUGAUUGGAAAGAAUUGGCUGGUAUUCAUAUGAAAUACACCGCUUUUGAAGUAAAUGAAAUUGAGCAAUCAGCUCGACGACAGGCAAUCUCUCCGACGUCAGUGUUGCUGACUCGUUGGGGACAAUUGAAUCAUCGAGUGGAGGAGUUGUAUAUAUUGCUGUAUUAUAUGAAGCACGUCCCCGCUAUGCAGUCUCUGACUCCUGCAGUGGACGCAAGAUACCAACCUCUUCUGAGAAAACUAAUUAGCAGGAAUGGUAUAGGAGGAAAGGACUGCACUGCGUUUAUUGACAAUGCAAAAAAACAGAAAUUGAAAACAGAUGAAUCAUCAAUACCGUUGCCGGUUUUUGAAAAGGGUAUACAUGUGAACCACGCGCCGCCGACGUCGAGCAAUGGAUUGAAUGGCAACUCGCCGACUGAUGAUUCAACCAGUGAUCUUAGUAAGACUGUAUCAUCAACACAAGACGAUAGAACUAACGAUGUGAAGGACGAAAUCAUGCGCAACGUACUAAUGAUACCAAUGCUCAAGUAUGACGACCUGAAAGCGGCCACAGACAAUUGGAGUGACGCCAACCUGUUAGGACGCGGUGGAUUUGGACAGGUGUUUAAAGGAGUAUGGCUGAACUCAUUGGUUGCAAUUAAACGACUCCGCGAUACAGAUGCUCGGAAUCGCGAAUUGAUCAGAGAACUUUGCCUCAACCAGUACCGCCAUGAUAACAUACUGCCGCUCUACGCAUACAGUUUUGGAGGCGCUGAAGCGUGUUUGGUCUACCAAUAUAUGGCUUGUGGUUCCCUAGAACAGAGACUGCGGUCAGAGUCACAUUAUCCCCCGCUCACGUGGUCGCAACGAUACCGGAUAGCCCAUGGGGUUGCCAGAGGUUUGCAAUAUUUGCACACUAUGACCGGCACGCCUCUUAUACAUGGUGAUAUAAAGCCCAUGAAUAUACUGCUGGAUCAGUGUCUUAUGCCGAAGAUCGGUGACUUCGGGUUGGCCAGGAAGGGGCCCUACGGAGAGGAGAGAACACACUUGAAGGUCUCCAGGGUACACGGCACUCGACCAUACCUUCCGGACGAGUAUCUACGAUCCCGGUGUCUCUCGCCAGCGGUGGACGUGUUCAGUUAUGGAGUGGUGAUGGUGGAAGUGGCCAGCUGUCUCGCGUCUAUCGAUCGCAAGCGGCCAGUCCAACUCCUCAGCGUCUGGAUACAGCAGCAGGCCAGGGAUGGGAUUGACUAUGCAACCCUGGAAGAUCGUCUGUUGCAAGGUACACCGCACUCGAACCCAGAACUGUGUCGCGAGUUUGUGGCCAUCGGUGUCCACUGCACCAAGUACUCCCGCGGCGAUCGACCGACCAUGCUCGAAGUUUACAAACGACUGGAUAACCUGGACUUCCCAGGGAAACACUACAUGUAGCCUUAGUAUGAUCAGCUGAUAAACAGUUAGACCUAUAAACAGAGAGUGCGCGUCAGGAAAACGUCAGAAUAUGAAAUAGUACUGAGAAGAGAUGAAAGGGAUAUCUGGUACCCAUUUAGUAUAUAGCCGGAUGACAGAUGGUAAAAUUAAUAAAAUAUAGAAGUAAAGUAAGUUUAGGACAAUAAGGACUGAACGUUUCUUUACGUAUGCCGGGGUAUGUAGGAUCUACAAAUGAAUUAAACAAGCGAACUGGGAAACACAAACUGUCAUGAACUACAACACGCUACGCUACGUACGAACGCGCAUAUUUCGGAUAUUUCGGAUGUCGUUCACCGUGCCUAUAUACAUAUCAAACUGACCCCGUCGUGUAACACGAUUAAGGGCCGAAUAUACUGUGCGUAAGUUGCCGAAUAUCCGUUAUUCAGUA